GGGCACUGGGAAGAGUUUAGCAUAAGGAUUUCUUUUAAACCCCAAUAUGACAGUUGCUACCGGAGAUCCUGCAGAUGAAGCUGCAGCUCUUCCCGGUCACCCGCAGGACACGUAUAACCCUGAGACCGACCAUGAAUGCUGCGAGAGGGUGGUCAUCAAUAUUUCGGGUCUGCGCUUUGAGACACAGCUCAAGACAUUAGCCCAGUUUCCAGAGACCUUACUAGGGGAUCCUAAAAAGAGAAUGAGAUAUUUUGACCCACUCCGGAAUGAGUAUUUCUUUGACCGGAACAGACCCAGCUUUGAUGCAAUUUUGUACUAUUACCAGUCUGGUGGUAGGUUGCGGAGGCCGGUUAACGUGCCCUUAGAUAUCUUCUCAGAAGAGAUUCGUUUCUAUGAACUGGGGGAAGAAGCGAUGGAGAUGUUUCGGGAGGAUGAAGGCUACAUCAAAGAAGAGGAAAGACCAUUGCCUGAGAACGAGUUUCAGAGACAAGUGUGGUUGCUGUUUGAGUACCCCGAGAGCUCAGGCCCUGCCAGGAUUAUAGCUAUUGUCUCUGUCAUGGUGAUUUUGAUCUCCAUCGUCAGCUUUUGCCUGGAAACAUUGCCCAUUUUUCGGGAUGAGAAUGAAGACAUGCACAGCAGUGGGCUGAGCCAUCCCCCCUACUCCAACAGCAGCAUGGGGUACCAGCAGUCAACUUCUUUCACAGACCCCUUCUUCAUUGUGGAGACACUUUGCAUCAUCUGGUUCUCCUUUGAGUUCUUGGUGAGGUUUUUCGCCUGCCCCAGCAAGGCUGGGUUUUUUACCAACAUCAUGAACAUUAUAGACAUUGUAGCCAUCAUUCCCUAUUUCAUCACCUUAGGGACGGAGCUGGCUGAGAAGCCGGAGGAUGGUCAGCAAGGCCAGCAAGCCAUGUCCCUAGCCAUCCUUCGAGUCAUCCGUUUGGUGCGGGUCUUCAGGAUCUUCAAGCUCUCCCGACACUCCAAGGGGCUGCAGAUCCUGGGGCAGACUCUCAAGGCCAGUAUGCGGGAGCUGGGCCUCUUGAUAUUUUUCCUCUUCAUUGGCGUCAUUCUCUUCUCCAGCGCCGUCUACUUUGCUGAGGCCGACGAGAGCGAGUCCCAGUUCCCGAGCAUCCCCGAUGCCUUCUGGUGGGCUGUGGUUUCCAUGACGACUGUUGGCUACGGAGACAUGGUCCCCACGACCAUCGGGGGGAAAAUAGUGGGUUCCUUGUGUGCCAUCGCUGGCGUAUUAACGAUUGCCUUACCAGUGCCCGUCAUAGUGUCUAACUUCAAUUACUUCUACCACCGGGAGACAGAGGGAGAGGAGCAGGCUCAAUAUUUGCAAGUAACCAGCUGCCCAAAGAUCCCCUCUUCCCCUGACCUAAAGAAAAGCAGAAGUGCCUCUACUAUUAGUAAGUCUGAUUAUAUGGAGAUUCAGGAAGGCGUAAACAAUAGCAAUGAGGAUUUCAGGGAGGAGAACUUAAAGACAGCCAAUUGCACCCUAGCUAACACAAACUAUGUGAAUAUCACCAAAAUGCUAACUGAUGUCUAGUUGCUAAAAUCUAGUAAUGUAUUUAAAGCUGAAGUGGAACAAUUGCAGAUAUUGAGUGCUGCUCUGCAUUGUAGUUAAUACAGUAUUUUCUACGGUGUAUAUUUGGUUCUGCAUGGGAAGCAAUAGCUAAGUGACUUUUAACCUUUGAUUUCCACCCUGAAUAAGCUUUCAUGCAAAAAAACCCAAACCCAAACAACCAUUUUGUUUCCCUUCUCCCAUCCCAGGUUUGUGGGUUUCCAAAGAUACGGAGCAGUUGGGCAUUUCGAGC